AUGAGUAUUAAAGACGAUACCAAGAUUAGCGGACAUAAUGAUCUUGCUCCAACUACUAGCAACAUCGAUGGGGAAGUCCUCGACGCAGGAAUUGACUAUGGAUACCACAAUGCUUCAAACUUCACUAAGAUCUACAGGAGCGUUUUGUUCCAAAUGAUUCUUCUUGGACUUCUCUCAUGUGUUGGUCCAGCCAUGUCUGAUGCUAUUUCUAACCUGGGAGGCGGUGGUCUCUCCACCCCAUAUCUGGCAAACUUGGCGACCUCUCUGAACUACACGGCUGGCUGUCUGCUUACUCUCUUCGGCGGCCCAUUGAUCAACAAGUUUGGUAUCAAGUGGUCCUGCAUCAUAGCAGCGGUGGGGAUGCCUCUUUCCGGUUCUGCGUACUAUGUAUGCGCAAAGUACCGUGUAAAUUGGUAUCUCAUCUUUGCAAAGAUACUGACAGGAUUCACCUAUGGCUUUUUAUACGUCCCAGAGUCUACGGCCAUGUUGUCAUAUCCCCUCGCAAACGACAGAGGCUUCUAUCUAGGUGUCUGGUCUGCCAUACGGAACUCGGGUAGCGUCAUUGGAGGCGCCAUCAGCUUUUCCAAUAAUCACAGCGACUCCAAAGCGGGAGGUGUUGCGUGGUCUACCUACCUCGUCUUUAUUGCCUUCGACGGGUCCGACGUCAUGAUAGCACCAAAGUUCCUAUAUCCCAGAGAGCCAGCUGGAAGCAAGAAUUCUCUGCCUUGUGGAAGCACUUACAGCGCAGAAAGAAUCGAGACUUGGCUUAUGGCUUUACCUGCCUUCUACUCUUUCUUUUGUGGCGGAACGAUGGGCACCUACCUCUCGUUGCACUCUUCAGUGCGGGCGCGAGCAUUGUCUUCUCUUCUCCUCCACAGGACCCGCUGGUCUCAGACCAAGAGAGCAUGGAUCUCUUUUGCCUGUUGGUUGAUUCCACAGGCGGCCUGCUUCAUCUGGAUUGGUAUCGAGUAUGCGAAGUUUGUUCGAAGGAAACUCGAAAACGCUCUGGACUAUGAAACCAACACCAGGAGAUGGGCUGAAGCCUACCUCCCAUAUUUGAUAAUGCAGUCAACUAGCUACGUAUGCCAGUUAUCUCUAUACUGGAUCCUCGGGACUUUCUCCACCAACGCCGGUUCCUCUGCCCGCUCAGGCGGUUUGUUCCGAGCCUUUGAGACCGCUGGACAAACUGUAUCAUACGCCAUAAAUUCUCACAGCGACUCUGAUGCCAGCAUUCCCUUUUAUGUCCACGCUGCGAUCCAAUGCCUCACUGUUCCUUGCAUGGUGUUCCUCAUUCGGCUGGUCCCUGAAGCGCCUGCUGCCACCGAUAUAGACGCGGAGCCAGUCAUUGAGGGCGUACUUGAUAACAAGCAGGUCACUUGA